ACUUGUAUUAGAGUUUACAAAGUAUAAACAUUAAUCUGUGUCUCAUCAUCAAGUGGUGUUCCAUAUCUCUCUCAUUUACUCUCAUCCAAUUCAUAGAACAAAACAGACCACACCAUGAACAAAAACAAGCCCUAUCUGGUUGUGUUCAUCAUACAAGCCAUAUACGCUGCCAUGUUUCUGCUAUCAAAAGCUGCAUUCGACCAUGGCAUGAACAAUUUCAUCUUUGUCUUCUACAGACAGACCGCAGCAACUGUUUUCCUAAUCCCUUUCGCUAUAGUCUUCGAAUGGAAUACAGCACCUCCUCUGCCAUUCAAGACCUUCUGCAAGAUCUUCUUCAUUUCUUUCAUUGGGAUCACUCUUAGCUUGGACAUAUAUGGUGUUGCCCUUACUAAAACUUCUGCAACUUUGGCUGCUGCUACCACAAAUUGUCUUCCUGUCAUUACCUUCUUCUUGGCUCUCUUGCUCAGGAUUGAAGUUUUGAGAAUAAAGACAAUACCUGGGGUAGCUAAAUUGGUUGGUGUUGUGGCAUGUUUGGCUGGAGCAGCAACCCUUCCUUUUUAUAAAGGACCUCAUUUUGAACUUUGGAGCCAUCAUCACCUUUUGGGGUCCCAUAAAACCCAACACCAUCAGGGUCUAGUUACAUCUAGCUCAUGGAUAAAGGGGUGUUUCCUCAUGCUACUAUCCAACACUUGUUGGGGAAUGUGGCUUGUGCUACAGAGUUUUGUGAUAAAAGGCUACCCUUCAAAGCUGCUUCUGACAGCUCUUCAGUGUUUGUUAAGUUCAAUUCAAUCUCUGGUCAUUGCCUUGGCAGUAGAAAGAGACAUUGAGCAAUGGAAGUUGGGUUGGAAUGUAAGACUCAUCGCUGUUCUAUAUUGUGGAAUUUUGGUGACUGGUGUCACAUAUUACCUACAAACAUGGGUUAUAGAGAAGAAAGGGCCAGUGUUUCUAGCCAUGUCAACACCACUAGCUCUCAUCAUGACCAUCUUUGCCUCAGCAAUCCUCUUGGGUGAGAUAAUAACUCUGGGAAGCAUUAUAGGUGGCUUGGCUUUGGUUCUAGGACUAUACUUUGUGCUGUGGGGAAAGAGCAGAGAGCUAACGGCUAAAGCCUCAUUAGAUUUAGAACAAGCAUCGAGUUAGAGAGAACUAACAAUUCUUGUAGUGGUUCGUUCAUCAAAUAUGGUUGUCUUAUUACAAAUAGUUGUAAAUCAGUGUAAAAUUUGAUACUCUGGUUGUCAGUGAAACUGUGAUGCUUUUAAAUUUUUGUCAUAAACAAGAAAUCCACACAUGGACACAUGAACACGUUCGAGAAA